UCGAUCCCUUAUGUACAGCAUGCCCUUUGUGGUCGCUUUGUCUUGUUGUUCGUUUUUACGGCGCUUGUUAAGUCUGUUUACCUGUCUCGCUCCUUUCUGAUGCCCUAACCUCAGCCAUUUAGUCCAGUCCUCGGCAGGGCGGUUUUCUGUGCUGUACGCGCUCGCUCUCAUGCCGGCAGAUCAUUUCUGCUCGAUGCGAGUGGGAGAGAGAGAGACAGAAAGUGCGGGCCGGGAGGGCGUGUGAGGCGGGACGGAAUGCAGCAGGGGGGGUAUGCAUAGUCGUCGACGCCACAGCUGCUUUGGAACUUUUUGUGGUUGGUUUGGCUCUCGGCCAUCGAAUCGAUCUGGGACAGAGGCCGAGCAGAGAAGCACUGUUCUGUCUGAUUCUGUGCUCUUGGGUCUUCUUCUUCAUCAGUAGGUGGCGUGGAUUUGAUGAGGAGGUGCGUGCGAAGGGAGGGAGCGUGCAAUUGACGUUGAUGCGCAACCUCUGAGCCCAGGGCGUGCAGAGUUGCGUCUUCUUUUCUCGUCUCCCCAGGGUGCGCCAAUCACUGUGUGUGAUGUGAAGAACUAGACGGCGGCCACGAUGGCACCUCCACCCACGGCCGUCGCAGGUAACGUAAGCGAAGAGUACCGUUGCCUGGUGGAUAAGGCAUAUCAAAAGUUUGCGAGAUUGAGGGAGUUGCCCCCUUACGGGCGCAACAAGUGGGAUUUGUAUUUUAAAAAGGCGUUCCAGGUUUAUUCGAAGCUGUGGAAAUUCCAGCAGGAUAACCGUUCGAAGCUGGUGGAGACGGGAUUGAAAAGAUGGGAAAUCGGCGAGAUCGCAUCGCGAGUAGGGCAGCUGUAUUACAACUACUACCUCCGGAAGAGCGAGGCCGUGUUCUUGUACGAGUCUUUCAUCUUCUACGAGGCCAUUCUGACGCGGGAGUACUUCAAGGAUAGCGCCAAGGAGAUUGCCCUUGCGAACAAACAGUUGCGUUAUUUGGCGCGCUUUAUCGUGGUGUGCCUCUUGCUGAAUCGCCGGGACGUGGUGCGGCAAUUGCUCAAGCAGUUGAAGGCUCUGGUGGAGGAGUACGGAAGGACCUUCCAGGCAGGCGACGCCAAGGAAUGGCGAUUGAUGGUGCAGGAGAUCGUGCGGUUCAUGAAGGCCGAUGCCGCUUGCGAGGGCGUGCGGCCGCUCAGGUACAGCAUUGUGCUGGAUCCUACCCCGUCGUUGCUGUCGCACAUCCCUCGGCUGGGGGCCGCCAAGCCGCUGAAACUGCAGGAAGCAGUGCUCACGAGCUACUAUCACAACGAGGUGAAAUUCAGCGAGAUGACGCUAGACACGUUCCGCAUGCUUCAGGCCAUAGAAUGGGAGCCAAGCGGAGCUUUCCUGAAGUUGAACUUUUUCGAAAGCAGCGGUGGAAGCAGCGGCAGUAGCGGCAGCACGAGAGGCGGGGUCAGCAAGGGUGGAGGCGGUGGAGGAGGAGGAGGAGGAGGAGGAGGAGGAGGUGGAGGGGGAGCUACCCCCAGCCGAGUCGGCGGCAUGGAGGAGAACAUCGUGGAUCCAAGUCUUCCAUCAAACCCACACAAGCAUCUGCUCUAUCGGCCCAGUGUCUCACAGCUAUUGGUCGUGCUGGCAACGGCGUGCGAAGACCUGCCUCCGGACUCUGCUCUCCUCUUAUAUAUCUCCUCUCUGGGGGGGUCACUGCAAGGGUCCGCCUUAACUCAACAGCAUGCACCGCUUGUUCAGCCGGGAUCGAGCUCGCAAGAGCUGCCUUCCUCCUCUUCUUCCUCUCCUUCUACCUUUGGCCAUUCCCAGGAGACAGGUCAGAUCGUCGGGAGGAGCAGAGACUAUGCGGCGGCAGGCGCGCUGCUGCGGGGAUCAGGUCAGCACGGCGCUAGGGACGCGGGAGGAGAGGGCGGAGGCGGUGAGGCGGCGCACUCGUCACUCCGAGUCCCGGCUCGGAGCAUCAGCUUGGAUGGCAUCGGGGGCUUGAAGGGGCGCGGCUGCGAGCAGGUGAAUGGCCUUUGGCUCGGAUCGAGGAGGGAAGUGGGUAGGGACCGCGAAGGGAAGAGAGGAGAUGGAGGGGGUGCAGGAGGGGGCGGGGGAGGAGUUGAGGGCGCUAAGAGCGGGAUCCGCGCGCCCUGGGAGAGCUUCCUGUACCCGGCCGAUCUGCUCCCGUUCACAAGAAAACCCCUCUUUCUUAUCAUAGACAGCGACAUGAGUUGGGCGUUCGAGAGUAUCAGCGGGGAGGAGAGGGGGGAACCUGCCGCCCUCCUCCUUUCCCCGCAGGUGCAGCCCGCCGGGGGCGCCGGUGACGAGAAGACGGGCGCUGCCGCCUCCCAAGUAGGAGGCGGGGGGGGCAAUUUGUUCACCUACUUCUUGACGGCUCCUUUGCUUGCAUUUGGUCGGCUUGUGGGGCGCCAGGGACUGAUCGCCGAGAGUGCCAGCGUAUACGAGACGGCAGAACGCCAGCUGUCGUCGCUGCUGGCAGGGUGGGGAGCGUGUCUGGCUUCUAUGCCCGGACUGGAAGUGGCGUGGGCGCGAGUCCUCUCGGAUCCCUUCUUGAGGCAAUUUAUCGUCCGCUUCGUCUUCUGCCGGGCCGUCUUCGGCCUUCACCGUGCCUUUUCUGGAAAGCCCGAGUUUCAACCUAAUUGCUGCCCCCCUCUGCCGAUCGAGAUGAUGCCGACCUCAGAGAGCGUCCAUUUAGGGGUAAGGCGAUUAGCGUCCAUCUUGAGCUGUGCAGAUCAGUUCGACACGAGCAGCGGCGUCGGUCGCGAGGAUAUCGGCGGUAUCCCGUCGAGCGUCGGCGGCGAUCCCGCUGCAUCGUCUUUGUCGCCGUCUGCCAGUCAUGAUUCCAAUAAUGGCCGAGGUCGGCGUAACUCGGAGCAGCAGCCCGAGUUAGCGGAGGCGAGCACCGGAAGAGAGAAAGCAGAGGGAGAGGGAUCGAACCGCGGCAACGGCAGAGACCUUAGCAGCAGCGUCUCGGAUCGGAGGAAGGGGGAGAAGAAGAUGAUGCUUCAGGUUGAGACGGGAGAAAGCGCGGGCGAAGAGAAGUUGAAGACGGAGGAGAUUGGGCUCGACACUCCGUCAGCGGAGACGCGGCCGUUAGAAAGGGGCCUGUCCAUCGAUCAUUGGGGCUUACCUCCGCUAGAAAGGGGUUUGUCGAUAGAUCAGAGAGGUAUACCCCCUCUGAGCGACUUCGCAAAUCUCGACGCGGAUGGGAGCAACCCUGACAUCCUGGAGCCUGGCCUUCUGAAGAGGGGCUUAUCUAUAGAUCAACGUGGCAGUCCCAGAGCGCGAGGAGGAAAUGCGGCAGCAGGAGGAGCUGGCGGAGUAGGACGAAUGACAGAAGGUAGUGCACCCGCCGCACCUGCGAGUUCGGGCGGGGAGUCUCCGGCCGACAGUCCCGUGCUCAGGGGAAGUGAUGGCAAUGUGGCAGAGUUGAGUGCGGAGAGUCCCAGGGGACUCGCUCAGCCCCUGGCAGCAGCAGAUUGGGCGUCUGCCGCAGAUAAUCACGGCACGGCGGGAAAGCCUGCUUCUGGUGCGCCUGUGGUGGCGGAGGAAAGAGGUGAUGGCCGCGAUGGUGCAGGGUGUGCACCUGAGAGCCCUAGGUUUGUCGGAGAGACUCCUGGGGACAGAUUCCCCGCGUCGUUGCCAAACGAAGGAGCAGAGGAGGGCGGGGAAGACAAGUCGGGCAGUGUCACCCCGCGCCUAUGUGGCAGGGAAGCGGCAUUAAAUGCCUGGAUGGAGCAGGGUUUGAAUCGAGGCCCACCUGAAAGUACUCCCACUGCUCCUCCUCCUCCACCGACGUAAUUUAGUAAAUUGCAUACCGUCCUGAUCUACGCCGUCGUGUUGCAGAGAGAGAGAGAAGGAAUCCCAGUGCGGAGAACGGAGAGUAUGGGGAGUGAUAUUCGCCCUCUGAUUCACAGUGUGACAAUAUAUAUAUAUAUAUAUAUUGGGAGAAUAUAUACAUAUAUGUAUGUGAGAAUCUGCUGGUGAAGAUUGUAGGAAAAUAAAUAAAAAACUGCAAGAGGAAAUGGCGCGCAGCGUUCCUGCUGGCCUUACCGAAAGAGGUUGGGGAGAGCAGGAGGGUGGGCUGAGCAAACUCGUUGUGAUUGAACGAGAACGAGCAAACUUUUCGGCAAGUGGGGCAAAGUAGCAGCGAUGGACACAUAGCGGGUUGAUUUUCUUGAGAGAGUACUUGCAAUGGGAUGGGAGAAGGUGAGAGAGGGAAGGAGGUGGAGAACGAGAAGCGUAAGACGGAGCUGCGGAUGAUGCCUGUGUCGAUGGCAAAGGUUCAUCUUCCUUAACAUGCGGGAGCUGCACCCACCAGCAGGUUUUAUGGGAUGUUAAGGAAGAUGAACUGCUAUUAUAGAUUUUCUAUGUAGUCUUCACGGGCUUGUAGGGGAUGCUAGUGGACGGUGGGAUGGACGAAUGUGGUGGUAUCACUCUCUCCGCGUGAUGGUCUUUUCCAUUGUCUUUUGCAGCGUGGAGACGUCUGCGCACCCGGACGGCAUGCUAUCCGGAUCGACAGAGCUGUUUACGGCUUCGUAAUGCGGAAAACAAAAAUUGCCUUUCGGAGGAGAGGAGAGGAGAGGAGAGAGUGCCUGCCAUGGAGGCACCGGACUUUUCGCUUUGGCCAUUUUGGCAUGAUCGUUUCGAGGGGUGUGGAUUGUGUGUAGGAUUCCUCUUGGUUGUGAGGUUGGUGGUGUUGGGAGUGUGUAGGUUGGUGGUGUUGGGAGUGUGUAGGCGGUUUUGACCGAUCCAUGAGCUAGAUGGCGAAGUAAAUAUAGCCGUUGUUUCAGCUUGGAUUGUUGGCGGGAAGCUCAACAGCAGCCUUUGAUUGGCGGGUUCGAAAAAGUGGCGGGAAGCUCAUCAGCAGCCUUUGAUUGGCGGGUUCGAUAAAGUGGCGGGAAGCGAAGAACAACAGCUCACGUGGAUGCAUGACAGGAGUUUCUUUGUUGGCUCGUUUGCCGCAUUGUACUGGAAGAGUGUGGAAAAUGGUAUGAUCUAUCUACUGCGUGGUUGGGUUAGUAGUAGAUGGAUGGUUGGAUACCUCACCCCAUGGGUUUCUAUAAAAAGGAGGAUGGGCAAGACUUCGUUAUUCCGUUAAUGAAUUGUCGCCUGAUUGCGCAAACAUACUGCAUGCAUCAUUCGUUGUAGCAACAUAUUUUUAGUUCUAGUUUUCUUAGCCUCCUGGUAGGGAAUUUAUCGGGCCAAUAGACUGAUACCCCAUCUCAAUCGAGGCCAUGCGUAGACUGCUAUGCGUCGCUUAGUGUACCCUCUCUGAUUGGUAGAGCAGGACAAUCCGCCAGCUCGGAUUAGUAGGGAAGGACAAUGCGCCAGCUAUUCGAAUGUGCCGAUCGGAGAGUCUUGAAUAGUAGUAAUAGUGGUGGUCCCAACGUGGCCAUGGUAGUUGAGCUAGUAUCCGUAGUAACGAGAAGUGCCGUGAAAGAUUGGGUGCGUCUGUGCGUGCGCGCACGCGCGUGUUGUGUGUGUGUGUGUGUGUGUGUGUGUGUGUGUGUGUGUGUGUGUGUGUGUGUGUGUGUGUGNGAGAGAGAGAGAGAGAGAGAGAGAGAGAGAGAGAGAGGUUGGGCAGUUCAGGCGAGAUGUGGGCAUGAGAGAGAGAGAGAGAGAGAGAGAGAGAGAGAGAGAGAGAGAGAGAGAGAGAGAGAGGCAGUUCAGGCGAGAUGUGGGCAGGAGGAUAAUAUCUUAGUCUGCAUAAGGGACAGGCGGUUGGUAGACAAGGUUGAUUGUUAGAGCAUC